AUGCGUUUCUCAACUCCUGUCAUUGUUGCCUCUUUGGCCGCCUCUGCUGUUGCUGCACCCACAAGCCCAGCUCCACGAUCUAUGCUUGAGAAGAGACUCAACUAUUGCGGAGCUACGACCUUUAUCAACAACAGUUCUGGUGGUUCUCCUUGGAUUGCCGACUGUCAAACGCUUUUUGAUAGGAUUGCUGGCGAUGGUUCUUGGUUUGUGGAACCCCAGCAGAAACGAAUUGCAAGCUGGGGAACUUGCGAAUUCGGCGCUAGGACUGUGAACAACGUCAUCACAACCAUCGGAAAUGAGGAUGUUAGAGAUCUUACCCGCGAUGCUAUUGCAAGGUUCGCAUGGCAAGGAAGGGUCGGAGCCAGUGGAAUAGUGGAUUGUGGCCCCCAACAGAAUGUGAAAGUUUGGUGGGGCGUUUACCAUACUUAA